AUGGAGGGCGCUCUGACUGCCAGGGACAGAGUUGGAAUCCAGGACUUUGUCCUUCUGGAGGAGACCACCGAGGCGGCCUUCAUCAGCAAUCUGAAAAAACGCUACAGCAAAGACCUAAUCUAUACUUACAUUGGCACAUUAUUGGUGUCUGUCAAUCCCUAUAAGGAGCUGGAUAUCUACAACAAGAAGCAGAUGGACACAUACAUGGGAGUCAACUUUUUUGAACUUCCACCACACAUCUACGCGUUGGCAGAUAAUGCCUACCACACCAUGCUGACUGAGUUCAACAACCACUUCAUUCUCAUCUCUGGUGAGAGUGGAGCGGGAAAGACUGAGGCCUCAAAGAAGAUCCUGCAGUUUUAUGCGGUCAGCUGUCCCAGCACCACCUUAAUGAGCACCGUCAGAGACAAAAUGCUCAUGUCAAAUCCUGUCCUGGAGGCUUUUGGGAACGCCAAAACACUAAAAAACAACAACUCAAGUCGGUUUGGGAAGUACAUGGACAUUCAGUUUGACAGCCAGGGGGAUGCUGUCGGAGGCCACAUCCUGAACUACCUGCUGGAGAAAUCCAGGGUUGUACAUCAGAACCACGGAGAGAGAAACUUCCACAUCUUCUACCAGCUUGUGGAGGGAGCAUCCGACAGUUUGCUGCAGCAGCUGGGCUUGGAAAGAGACUGCCAACAUUACAACUAUCUAACGCAAGGGGAGUGUGCCACUGUCCCAUCCAUUAAUGACAAAAACGACUGGAAAUCAGUCAAAAAUGCCCUACAAGUCAUUGAAUUUGAUGAGGUCAACACUAAAUACUUGUUUGAGGUUGUUGCAAGUGUUCUUCACUUGGGGAAUGUUCAGUUUGACACCGGCAAUAAAGAUCAAGCACUUUUGAACGACAACACGGAGCUGCAGUGGGUUUCCAAACUCCUGGGUGUGGACGCCCAGAGUCUUCAGGAGGAACUUACAUUUAGGAAGAUUGAAGCCAAACGGGAGCAGGUUCUCAGUCCGUUCACUACGGAUCACGCCAUUUAUGCCAGGGAUGCUCUCGCUAAAGCUAUUUAUGGGCAGACCUUCACCUGGUUGGUCCACAGGAUCAAUGAGUCCACAGAAAACAAGGAUGCCUCUCAGAAAACUGUUAUAGGACUAUUGGAUAUUUAUGGAUUUGAGGUCUUUUACGUCAACAGUUUUGAGCAAUUUUGUAUCAACUACUGCAAUGAGAAGCUGCAGCAGCUUUUCAUCCAGCUGACUCUCAAAGCUGAGCAAGAGGAAUAUGAAGCGGAGGGGAUCGAGUGGGAAACGGUUCAGUUCUUCAACAACAAGAUUAUUUGCGAUCUGGUUGAAGAGAAACACAGAGGAAUCAUAUCAUUACUGGAUGAAGAGUGUCUUAGGCCGGGCGAUGCCACUGAUCUCACCUUUCUGGAGAGGUUAGAAGAAAAGAUGGGAAAUCAUCCACACUUUGUCACACACAAACUGGCUGACAUAACCACACGUAGGACGCUGGAGAGGGGAGAUUUCCGUCUCCUGCAUUAUGCCGGGGAGGUCACCUACUGUGUUGUGGGUUUCCUUGACAAAAAUAACGACCUGUUAUACAGAAACAUAAAAGAUUUGAUGUGUCAAUCCAAAAACGCCAUCGUCAGUGAGUGCUUCUCCAAUAUGGACCGAGGCAACAAACGAAGGCCAGAAACGGUGGCGACUCAGUUUAAGAGCAGCCUGCUGAAGCUGACAGAGAUGCUGGUGGCUAAACAGGCCUGGUACAUUCGCUGUCUGAAGUCUAACGAGUCCAAGCAGCCUGGUCAGUUUGAUGAAGCACUCAUCAGGCACCAGGUGAAGUACUUGGGCUUGAUGGAGCAUCUCAGAGUUAGGAGAGCUGGAUUUGCAUACCGGCGCAAAUAUGAGGACUUCUUAAAAAGAUAUAAGCCUCUGUGCCCAGCCACCUGGCCUCACUGGAGGGGGUUUCCGUCUGACGGAGUGGAGGUGCUGGUUCAACAUUUGGGCUACCUGCCAGAUGAAUACAAAAUGGGACGCACCAAAAUAUUCAUUCGUCAUCCCCGAACACUUUACGCCACAGAGGACGCUUAUGAGAGAUGCAAACAUGAACUGGCGACGCGCCUGCAGGCCAAAUACAAAGGAUACAAGGCGAAGGGAGAAUUCCGAAAGCAAAAGGAGGCCGCCACUAAAAUAGAAAGUUGCUGGAGAGGAACCCAGGCCAGGAAAGAGAGAGAAAAGAGAGAAUGGGCAAUAAAGGUCAUCAAAAAAUUCAUCAAUGGAUAUUUGAACAGAGGGGAGGCGAAAACCACAGAUAACUCCGAAUACUUGGCCUUUGUGAGGCAAAGUUACUUAAACAGACUCAAAGACAAUCUGCCAAAGACAGUUUUGGAUAAAACCACCUGGCUGACUCCGCCCUCUGUGGUCAAAGAGACAUCAGAGAUUCUGCGUAAGCUGCAUUAUCGUCUGAUGGUGAGGAAAUAUGUGAGAGGACUCACACCUCAGAGGAAGGCCCAACUUCAACUGAAACUUGUCACCAGCACUAUUUUCAAAGGCAACAAAGACAGCUAUCCACAAAGUGUCCCUCGGCCUUUUUUGGACACGAGAAUAAGUGACCAAGAAAUCAACCCAAAAGUUCUUCAGACAAUUCGCAACGAGCGGAUUAAGUACAGUGUUCCGGUGAUUAAAUACGACAGAAAUGGCUUCAAACCACGACCCCGGCAGCUCAUCCUCACUCAGACUGCAGCCUAUCUGAUCGAGGAAUCCAAAGUCAAACAGAGACUGCCGUACACAUCUCUUAAAGGGAUUUCAGUCAGUAACUUGACAGAUGGGAUUAUUGUCUUGCAUACUAGCAGCGAAGACCCCAAACAAAAGGGGGAUCUGGUUAUCCAGUGUGACCAUCUGUAUGAGUUCUUGACAAAGCUCUGCGUCAUUGCUAACAAACAGAACGCAGUCCGGAUUGUUCAGGGAAGCAUAAAGAUUGAAAUCCAGGCGGGGAAGGAAAGUGCAGUGAACUUCAGUACUGGGCAGGAGCCCAUGGUGUACAAAGCCAAAAACGGACAUCUUACGGUGGUUGCCACUCGAGCGAGGGUGAGGUAGGUGUGUGCGGCUGAAGGAGAAACUCAAUGAGCCCCUGCAUAUUUCAUCAGGAGACCCCUUGGCAGAGGAUCAGCUCCUGACCACAGAUACCUGGAGGAUCCAGUUUGAGUCAUUUGCUUAAAAAGAGCUCAUUUGUCAGCAAUAAAUGAGAUCAAAUACUUUUCCA